GUCCUUCCGCCUCCAAAAACAUGGCUGCUCCCAUUGCUCUCAGGCGAGAAUUAUUUUCUCUGUCACGGAUACUCACUGGAAUUUCACAUCUGGGACCGAAACCCUGUUUAAGCCAUACGAAAUAUAAUGUAACCAGGUGCCAUCUGCCCCUGAAAGCCAGCACUUCCUACUUCCACACAGCAACGGUGUUCAAAUCAACACCUUCGUUGAUCACCGUCACAGAAGAGCCGGACACACUGUUUCAGAAGGUGUCCAUUCUGGUCAAAUGUCACGACAGAGCCGUCUUGGACAGCUAUGAGUUAUUUGCUACCAUGGCAGCUAACGAGCUGGGCAUCACCAUCAGCAAAGUUUAUGAACCUCCCAAGGCAAUAGACAGACUCACACUGCUGAAGUCGAUACACAUCUUCAAAAAACACAGGGUCCAGUAUGAGAUGAGGACACACUAUCGCUGCAUUGAGUUGUCUCACUUAACAGGUUGCACAGCACAGGCAUACCUUGAAUAUGUCCAGAGGAACCUCCCUGAAGGUGUAGCCAUGGAAGUGACAAAGACUGCCAUGGAGAAGUGUCCAGAUCACAUCCUUGAACCCAUGUGGAAGGAUCACCCCAUUGACAACAAGCCCAGCCAGUGAAUGAAUGUGGUGUGUUGUAGAUGCUAACAGGAGGUCUUUUUUCAGACAUUUUGGGAAGACAUAAAAAAAAAGAGCAAUAUAAUUACACUUGUGUCACAACCUCCCAAAUUUCUCACCAUAGUAGACACAAUGCAACAGAGUCCAGUGUCACCAUGUGUCAUUUAUUUACUCGUGUAAAAGUUGUGUUUUUGUCUUUUGUCUGUGGUGAAACGAGUCAACGUGUAAUCAACUGUAUGUUUUUUUCCUAAUAAAUGCAUUCAACUUAA